GCAGCAACAGACCUUUCUUAUGGCAGACAUGUUGACUUGUCACAACAGGAAAAACACAGGUGAGACUAAUUUAGUUCCAUCAAAACUAUGUUGCAACGUUGUCCUUUGUUUAGCAAAAAUUUUCAUCCACAAGAAUAGAGUUCUGAAAUCAUCUUCCAAAUGUAUUGUCUUCAUGAAUGAAUUCAAAUUGUACUUAACAUUUAAAAAAAUUCUAACAAUAACAAAGGCACAAAAAUUAUAUAUCUUGAAAAAAAUUCCCACUGAAAUGAACAGUUAAAACUAAUUCGAAUCCCUCUUAUUGAAAACAACAUUGAGACUGUUUAUGUAUUUUAUUUUGGUUUUAUUUUUUAAUUUUGUAUUUAUUUUUAUGUUAUUUCAACUGCUCUGAAUGUACAAGAUUGAUGUUGUUAUUAUACGUUUUACUGUUGAUUGAUGUUCACCUAGCAUUCUUUCCCCUAUGCAAGUCAAAGACCAUCAAGAUGUCAUUUUUAUUCGACUGGAUCUACAGGGGGUUUAGUAGUGUUUUACAGUUCUUAGGUCUCUACAAAAAGUCUGGGAAACUGGUCUUCCUGGGCCUGGACAAUGCUGGUAAAACAACGCUGCUACACAUGUUGAAAGAUGACCGACUUGGUCAACACGUGCCAACACUACAUCCAACUUCUGAAGAGCUGACAAUCGGUGGGAUGACAUUUACUACAUUUGAUCUGGGUGGACACGUACAAGCUCGAAGAGUGUGGAAGAACUACCUGCCAGCUGUGAAUGGAGUCGUCUUUCUUGUGGACUGUGCGGAUCACGACAGACUCUCAGAAUCGAAGAGUGAACUCGAUGCUCUCCUAGGAGACGAGACCAUAGUCAAUGUGCCAGUGUUGGUGCUGGGUAAUAAAAUUGACCGCCCUGAGGCCAUCAGUGAAGGAGGACUGCGAGGAGCAUUUGCUCUUGAUGGCCAGGUUACUGGAAAGGGACAUGUCUCUUUGAAGGAGCUGAACGCCCGGCCACUGGAGAUUUUCAUGUGCAGCGUGUUGAAAAAACAAGGCUACGGGGAAGGUUUCAGAUGGUUAUCACAGUACAUCGACUGACACAGUACUGAAGCUUAACCAGAAGGGAUUUUCUUGACACAAUUUCAAGAAGCAUGACAAAGACUUCGUCUCUUUGUCAGUCAGCCCAAAAUUCAAACUAUAUUACCAACAGCAUAUUCUUUUUAAUACUUUAUUCAGGAUUUAAAGGUUUCUAUGCAAACUUUUAAAAGUGGUUCAUGGUGAACCGUCCUACCUGUCUUAUUAAUGUCAGAAUUAACUUGUUGUCUAACUCCAUGGCAUGUUAAUUAGGUUACAUCCAAAGGUUACAUCAUACCUGAUUACAAAACAUGAGCAGACAUACAUUAUGCAAGAAUAUAGAUACUUACACAUUGGUGUUGCAUUAUUAAUGAUGGAAUAUUAAAUACUUGGAAUUUAUAAAGGGAGAAAGUCAUGAAAAUAAGGGAUCAUUUGGAUUUUUAUGAAGUGAGGUUGGAUAAGGGACUAAAUCAGCAAAGUGUGGUUGUGGACAAGGGGCAACAGCAAAACAUUUAAGCCACUUAAGAAAAGGCUGAGCUAAAAAAUAAAAAUAUUAUUUAUAAAGCGUGUGCUAGGUUUGGAAUGUUUUCAAUGCUUUGCCAUUUACCCCUAUCAGCUCUUUCUGGCGGGGAAGUGAAGCCAUUAUAUUGUUCUCUUCAAAACCACUAUUGACAAAAACUGUAAUUUUACCUCACAGAAAACGUGAGUUGGUGGUUUACUGCUGCCUCAAUCAUAUAUUUUGCUUGUCUUAUUGUGUGAAAGGUUAGUUUGGCUUAAUCAAAGUCACUCAAUAACACAAACUAACCAAUCGAGGCAGUGGUAGAUCAGCUGAUCCUGUGUUCUACAAGCUAAAAUUGCUGUUUUGGUCAAAGGAGUCUGGUGUGUUUGAAGAGAUCAUAACAGUUUCAGGGCUUUUUUAAACAUUUUUUUGAGGUCUGCUGUUGUUUGUUUUUUUAAGGUGGAUAAAAUAUAUUUUGCUGCUACCAGUGUCCAGCAGCACCUGACAGUAUCACAUUGUUUUCCUUCUGUGCCGGUCCUCCUGCAUGCUUUUCCUAACUCAAGCCAUGCCGACCGCCAUCUACUGUACACCAACCAUAUAGGAGCUCAUACAACCCCUCUUCAAAAAGUCCAAACUAUCCCUUUAAGGACUCUGUGAUAAAAAUGUUUGUUAACUUAAUACUAGUUUAAUGCAAGUUUAGAUUAUAAAAAUAUACGACUAAAUACAGAAGAUUAAUUUUCCUUCAUUUAAUCUAAUGAUACGCAGCCACUGCCUUCAAAGCAUAUAGCCAAAGAUGUAUGCUAAUGACUUCGGGAUUAGCAGGAAGAGAGAUUGGACUUCAACAAAAGAUAUCUUCCAUGCUGAGCACUGAGCCAAAAUAACAUCAAAUCCCCUUAAGAAACUAAAAAAGAGAAGAGACAGCACGUCCCACAAAUAAAGGCAAAGACGAUGAGUAAACUGAGUUAAACUGAACAGCUCACUGAUGAGUGUGCUGUGACUGUGAAUAAUGUGUUUCUCACUUUCAGUGUCUUGAUGGAAUUGGCUUGUUUAUUUUUUCAUCUUUUUCCUCUCUGUGUUGACCCAAGUGGUGUUACAUGCUGCGUUAAAGGCAGCUCAUUUGAAGUGCGUUAGAAGGAAUUGUUCAUUAUCUUUGACUUUGUGGGUGUUCAGUGCAGAAAUCCGAGAUAAAAAUGCACUUCAUAUUUUAUGGUGUUCAAUGGCUGCCCCUCGCUUUAUUAUAUCAUGAAGGCUGUAAUAAUGCAUCGCUCUUAAAAUGUCAGGAAGCAAUAAAGUAGAAUGACCAACUGUACUGUAGCAGAGACAAUCUUACUCCUCUGUAUUUAAGAGUAGGAAUGAAUAUACAGUAUAUAGUUCUGAGCCUGCUAACUAGAAUCAUUAAUUAAGUGUAUUUUUUGUUAUUUAUUCCUUUAAUCUAGAGCCUGAGCAAUUUAUGUCAGCAUGUAAUCAGCAUGUAGGCUGUGCAACAGGUACUUUUUGACUAUCUGGAAAGAUAUGAGAGUGCACUUGUUAAGCUGUAAAUUAUUAUUUAAAUUGUUUUCUGGAUAUUAGUGUAUGCAUGUAAAUAUGCAUACAUUUUUACAAUGACCUGCGUACAUUUGUAUCUCGUUAUGAGAAGCUGGGGGAAAAAAACAUUUCAUCACUCGACCCCAUUUACUGUUUCCUGCAUCUCAUGUUUACAGGGUAACAUUUUGAAUAUUCUGUUUAUUAAUUUAUGCAGGGUUGUUUGUGACUGAGAUUAAAAAGAAACAUAUGAAACAAAUUUUGUACAGGGAAUCUUGAGUGUUUACUGAGAUACAGUAUGUAAACAAACUGCUUUCCUUUGAACAGUGUUCUUAACCAGUCGCUGAACUCCUGUAAAUUAUGUAUAAUACGGAUGUAAAUGUUUGUACAGUAACGGGCUAUUAGCUGACACUAAAGAAGCACUGGAGUUAUUUUUAGAUGAUUAACUUGAAAUAAUAUUUGCAGCGAUUAUCUAUGUGAUGAGUAGUUCACAUGUGGUAAUAAAAACAACUUUUUA